UCUCACUUGCAAGCAUUGCCAUAGCCAGUGUAGACGACGAAGAACGAAGCCAUGGCUUCCCGUGCCCUCGCUGCGCUGCCCAUCACUGUGCUAGCGUUUGUAGGCCUUGCUUCAGUUCCCCGUGCUUUGGCAACUGAUCCGACCCAGCUCCAAGACUUCUGUGUCGCUGAUAGCAUGUUUGCAGUGCUGGUGAAUGGGGUGGUGUGUAAGAACCCAAAUGUGGUGACGGCGAACGACUUCUUCUUCAAGAUAAUGCCGGCCGCCCCGAACGCGCAGGGCUCCGGGGUGGCGGGGGUGGCGGUGGACAUGCUCCCGGGGCUGAACACGCUGGGCAUCUCGCUGGCGCGCAUCGACUUCGUCCCCGGCGGGCAGAACCCGCCGCACACGCACCCGCGCGCGUCGGAGAUCCUGACGGUGAUCCAGGGCACGCUCCUGGUGGGGUUCGUCACCUCCAACCAGCUGCUCAACAACACGCUCUUCACCAAGCAGCUGGCGGUCGGGGACGUGUUCGUCUUCCCGCAGGGGCUCAUCCACUUCCAGCUCAACAACGGCAAGGCCCCCGCCGUGGCCAUCGCGGCGCUCAGCAGCCAGAACCCCCGCACCGUCACCAUCGCCAACGCCGUGUUCGGCUCCAAGCCGCCCAUCCUGGACGAGAUCCUCGCUAAGGCGUUCAUGCUCGAGAAGGCCACGGUAGACUGGGUCCAGCAGGCGUUCGGCGCGGCCCCGGUGGCCGGCGGCGGCGGCGGCUACCCCGGAAACGGGACCGGCGGCGGUUACCCCGGCGUGCCAGGGUAUGGGUACCCAUAAGGCGGUGUGCAUGCUGCCUCCACGGCGCCUAGCAUUGCUGCACAAGAGCAGAUGCUGAUGAUCAUCGAUCAGGCAGGCCGUCAUACAUAAAACUAUACAGGUAUAGUACUCCAAACAUGAAGCCACAUGCAGGUUGUGAUGGUCAGGUUUACGGUGUAGCACUAGCACACACGUAGUCUACUAGCGCGUAUGUGCACGCGCACAAUGUGUUUGUGUUGAUCGAGGAGUAGAAGCUCGAUCGAUUGGGUUGAAUAAUGGACUAUGUGGGGAAACGGCAACAAGUGUACUACAAACUUUAUUGUUCGUUACGUUGCCUCUAUAUGAAAUAAACUUGAAUUAAGUGCCAGCAUGCUCUA